AACCAUAUAUAUUCAUAAGCAGCUUCGUUCACAAAACCUUGCUGCCUUUGCAGAGAGCUUAGAGAGACAACAGACUUGCUCUACUUGUACACCACACCCAAACAAAAAUGGCUAGAGGGUUGAAGAAGCACUUGAAGAGGCUCAAUGCCCCUAAGCAUUGGAUGCUUGACAAACUUGGUGGUGCAUUUGCUCCCAAGCCUUCAUCUGGACCUCACAAAUCUAGGGAAUGCCUGCCAUUGAUCCUUAUCUUGCGAAACAGAUUGAAAUAUGCUCUCACAUACCGUGAGGUCAUUUCCAUAUUGAUGCAACGACAUGUUCUGGUUGAUGGGAAAGUCAGGACAGAUAAGACCUAUCCCUCAGGUUUCAUGGAUGUUGUUUCAAUCCCCAAGACUAAUGAGAAUUUCCGCCUGCUUUACGACACUAAGGGUCGAUUCCGUCUUCACUCAAUCAGGGACGAAGAGGCAAAGUUUAAGCUCUGCAAAGUCAGGUCGGUGCAGUUUGGGCAAAAGGGCAUCCCAUACCUCAACACCCAUGAUGGGCGAACCAUCCGCUACCCAGACCCUCUCAUCAAGGCCAAUGACACCAUCAAGCUGGACUUGGAGAGUGGCAAGAUCACUGAUUUCAUCAAAUUUGAUGUUGGCAAUGUAGUCAUGGUGACCGGUGGAAGAAAUAGAGGUCGUGUCGGAGUAAUCAAGAACAGAGAGAAGCAUAAGGGAACCUUUGAGACAGUCCACAUCCAGGAUGCCACUGGGCAUGAAUUUGCUACUCGUUUGGGCAAUGUGUACACUAUUGGCAAGGGGACAAAGCCUUGGGUUUCUCUUCCUAAGGGCAAGGGAAUAAAGCUAACCAUCAUUGAAGAGGCCAAGAAGAGGCUUGCAGCUCAAGGGGCAGCCACAGCUUAAAUGAACAUGGUGAAAAUAACCUUCAAACUUAUCUGAUGGUUAUUUGUUUUUGUAGCUCUGACCUUUUAGUUCCUUAAAUUAUGUUCCAUUUUUUUUUGUCUGUUUCGUGCUUGGUAACAAUAAUAUAGUUUUUAUGAGAUCUUGAUGCUUGUUUGUCUUGGUUUUCUGUAGAAGCUCUGAAUUGGGUGUUCAAUUCUUUUAAGUUAAUAUUGUGAGGUUCAAUUUGACAUUUGAUAAUCUGAGUUUUAUCCGUAUGUUGCAUGA